GAUCACUGAUUGUCGAAGAUUGACGCUUCCCAGCGGACUAACCACCACGACGAGGAUGUUAGCGAGGAAGAAUUGUGGUAGAAGAAUGUCUCGGAGCAAAAGCGAGAAGGGUUGCCGCCGUCGACCACGCCGGCGGCGGAGCUACCUGCAGCAUGCCAACGCAAGGCUCCGAGAGUCUUUGUCCGGCGCGGCGAUGGUGCUGGCAGCGGCAUUCGCAGUGCUCUCGUGCUGUACACCCUUGUCGCAAAUCACAAUGGUCGACGCCUUUGCCAACAACCUCGUCGAGACGAACAUCGGCUGCAUGACGGACCUGUCCACGGAAGAGGUCAUCAUGAACAACGAGGUCCGGCCGCCCGAGGAAUCGGACUUUCCCAAGAUGCACCUCGUGGUGCUGGACAGCAAGGACCGGCACCUGGAAAGCCCCUACUCCUACGACGCGUCGUCGGCGACCACCACGAUACGGAUCGCCUUUUUGAUCCCCUACCCGACCAGCGAGUUCAACGACGACCUGCAGUUCGUCGCGGAGGUCGAGCGGAUCGGCGCCGGCGACGAAGAGACGCAAGCGCCGCCUCCCGCGGAAUUCGUGGCGGGCGGGUCGAUCGGCUGCGAGCACCACCGGCGCCUCUCGGCGCGGCACAUGGACGACGACGGGGUGGUGGUGCUCCGGAUCAACGACCCGACCGCCCGGCUCCGGGUAUGGGCCGGCUGGGCGACCGGCCACUCGGCCGUGAGGCUGGUCCCGGACCUGGUCCUGGAACCGGGGGAAGCGUCCGCGUCGACAGAGGGCGACCGGGAGGAGCAGAUCGCGCAGCUCGAGGAGGCCGUCGAGGAAAUCGAGGAGGACAUCGAGGGGAUGGAAGAAGAACUCAAGGAGGAAGAAUUCCGCAACAGCGGCCAGGAGAAACUCCUGAGGGACCAGGAGAAGGAAAAACUGGAAAAACUGCUGGGAGACCCGGGCGGCGAUGGCAACAAGCACAACGACGAACACGAGGCCGACAACGAUGCAGGCGCAAAGCCCAAGAAAGCAGCGGAAGCAACAACGGAUACGGCGACGACGAAAAAGCAGCGCUCCAAACUGAAACGAAAGAGGAAAAACAUGCUGGAAAAGCCCGGGAACGUACCGGACGGAUUGCUGGAGUCCGACAAGGGUGGCAAGAAAAAAGACCUGGGACUGGAAAUCCUGCCCGCGUCCGGAAGCAAUGCCGACCAGAACGCCAACGGCGACGCCAAACCCAAAACCAUGCCGCAAAAACUCAAGGAACAGACCCUCAACCUCGUCCCAUCGGAGCAAACCGACGAAACGACGAAGGGGAAGCACAGGCUCACCGACCACACGAACCGGGGGCGACGCGACCAGCACCCCGCCGUCGAUUACGGCAUCGACGACGGGGGAACCGACGACGACCUCCCGGAGAUGCUGCCGGAUUCCGUCAACGACGACGAGCUCCCGGACGAGGGCGACACCGGCGACGACGACGUCGUUGUUGUUCCCGAAACCCACCCAACCCCGGGGAGCCGUGUCGCGGGCGAAAGGGGGCACCACGACGUGAAGCAGCACCUGCUGGCCUGCGCCUUUUUUGCGGCAUCGACGGGGCUGAUCCUGGUGGUCUUUGGAAAGAAACGCGACAAGGGCCGCCGGGAUUUGUGAGGGCGCCUCGGAAACAAAACAAAACGAAAGUG